ACCACAAACUGAUCCAUCAGGUUUCCUGCUUGGUUGUCUUGACAACAGUGAUGUCACACCACUUCCUGUUCCUCUAAUUAGUUCUGCUUUUACCAUCUUCAUGUUGCAGCUCCUUUUCUCCGUCUGAAUGUGGAGUCCUGACUGGUUCCAGGAAACAGAUCACCUGUCUGAGCGUCCAUAUCACACAGGUGGGUGUUCACAGUUAGCCUCCCUUAUCAUGUGAAUGUCGAGCACACCAGCUCGUGUGAUUCAUUUAUUUUUUAUUCAAACAGGUACGAAAAUAGCUGCUAUUAUGUUGAUUGUUUUGUUCUCUGAUGUGUUAGAUAAAACAGAUAAGUUUCUGGAUGGUUUUAUUAAUUUACUUUGCUGUUAAAAUAUUUUAAUUAUUUGAGAUCAUUUUUAUUAACUUUGGAUUGAUUGCCUGCAGCUGAAACCCAGCAGCAAUCAGCUGGUAGCCAGAGGGCGAGCGACCGGGAGAGGGAGACAGGAGGGAAAAGAGGAAAAAGGGCAAGAGCAGGAGUGGGACCAUGACAGGAGUAGCUGUCUCCAUUUAGGCUUAGCAGCUAGUUCCCUCUGUGAAGUUGUCAGAUCAUGUAGAAAUCUUUUUCCUGCUUCGUUGCCCUGACAACAGUGAUGUCACGGCCCUUCCUGUUCCUCAAGGAGCCACGAUGACGUCAGAAGUGCUCUUGAACAUCCUGGAGGAUCUGAGAGAUGAUCAGCUGUCUACAUUCCAGUGGUUCCUGAAGCAGCCCAACAAUGUUCAAGACCUCCCAGCGAUCACAAAAUGCCGACUACAGACACUAGACAGGUGUAACACUGUGGAUGUGAUGGUGGAGACUUAUGGACUUCAGAGAGCUGUGCAGGUGACCAGGGUGGUUUUAGAGAAGAUUUCCAGGAAGGAUCUGCUGCAGAGGUUUCCUGCCAGCAGCUCAGGACUAGAAGUGCAUGUCAGUGAUGUUGAAGAACCUUCAGAGAACAGAGAAACUUCCUCCUCUCAGACUCAGCCUCCUCUUCCUCAGACUGAAGAUGAGACUGUUCCGGUACCAGAACCACGUCACAUCACAUAUUACCAACAGAAGCUUCAGUCAAACUUCCAGCACACAUUUCUGGUUACAACAGAGGGGUGGGCAACAGAUGAGGAGCGUCUGGUUGAUAUCUACACAGAGCUGUACAUCACAGCUGGCCGGGACAUGCACAUAAACACACAGCAUGAAGUCAUACAGAUUGACAAGGUGUGGAAGCCAUCAGACACAGAGACACAGAUCCAACCCAGAGACAUUUUCAAGCAUCCUUCUGGAAAAGACAUACCCAUCAGAACAGUGCUGACCAAUGGGAUUGCGGGGAUUGGAAAAACAUUUCUUGUGCACAAGUUUGUGUUGGACUGGGCUGAAGAAAAAAACAAUCAAGACGUGCAUCUUAUUUUCCCGUUCACUUUCCGUGCCCUGAAUUCACUGCAGGGAAAAGAGUUUGGUUUGGCAGAGCUCAUUCAUUUCUGUAUCCCAGAAACUAAAGACGUCACAGUGGAGGCUCUGAAUUACAUCUUUACAGCUCUGCAAUCAUCAGGAAACAGCAGCUACAGCAAGAGCAGAUUCAAACUGCUGUUUGUGUUUGAUGGACUGGAUGAGAGUCGCCUUCGUCUGGACUUUGAUGUCAACAACAUUCUCUCUGUGGACAUAACAAAGUCAACUAAAAUAGAAGUCCUGCUGAGGGAACUUAUCAGUGGAAAACUGUUGCGCUCAGCUCGCCUCUGGAUAACCACAAGACCUGCAGCAGCCUAUCAGAUCCCUGAAAACCUCGUCAACACUACAACAGAAGUCAGAGGGUUCACUGACCCACAGAAGGAGGAGUACUUCAGGAAGAGAUUCAAGGAGCAGACCAGCAGCAUCAUCUCCCACAUGAAGACAUCACAAAGCCUCCACAUCAUGUGCCACAUCCCAGUGUUCUGCUGGAUCACUGCUACAGUUCUGGAGGAGCUGCUGGAAACAAGAGAGGGAGGAGAUCUGCCCAGAACCCUGACUGAGAUGUAUACAGAGUUUCUAAGAUUUCAGAUUGAUCACACAAAAGAAAAGUACGGUCCAGAGAAGUGCAUUCAGUUUAUUAAGUCAUUAGCUAAACUGGCUUUUGAACAGCUGCAAAAGGGCAACCUGAUCUUCUAUGAGAAAGAUCUGAGAGAAAGUGGCAUCGAUGUGAGUGAAGCCUCAGUGUACUCAGGAGUGUUCACAGAGAUCUUCAAAGCAGAGCGAAGACGGAAACAGGAAGACAAAAUGUUCUGCUUUGUCCAUCUGAGUGUUCAGGAGUUUCUGGCUGCUCUUCAUGUCCAUCAGACCUUCAUCAACUCUGGAAUCAACCUGCUGGAAGAAGAACAAAGUUCUUUCAAGAAGCUGAAAGUAUUUCUAAAGAAACCUGAACUAAAAUAUCUCCACCGGAGAGCUGUGGACAAGGCCUUACAGAGUCCAAACGGACACCUGGACUUGUUUCUGCGCUUCCUCCUGGGUCUGUCACUGCCGACCAAUCAGAAUCUCCUACGAGGCUUGCUGACACAGACCAGAAGUAGCUCACAGACCAAUCAGAAAACAGUGGAGUACAUCAAGGAGAAGAUCAGUGAGGUUAUGUCUGCAGAGAGAAGCAUCAAUCUGUUCCACUGUCUGAAUGAACUGAAGGAUGUUUCUCUAGUGGAGAAGGUCCAACAGUCCCUGAGAUCAGGACGUCUGUCCACAGAUAAACUAUCUCCUACUCAGUGGUCAGCUCUGGUCUUCAUCUUACUGUCAUCAGGAGAACAUCUGGAUGUGUUUGACCUGAAGAAAUACUCUGCUUCAGAGGAGGCUCUUCUGAGGCUGCUGCCAGUGGUCAAAGCCUCCAAGAAAGUUCUGUAA